CGUAAAUGUAUAAUUUAUUAUUAUUUCCAGAAUAAUCAUGCUACGCAUAUUUGUUUUAUGCGCAUUGGCCGUUCUGGCAACGGCACAAUUCCAGCCUCAGCCUACGGGAAGAAUUCUCGAACCACCUGUACCCCGGCUUUGCGCGCAAAGGACGAUUCACGAACGCUUCAAUGGAAAGGGAUACUAUUUCUCCUGGGCAGAUCCACGAACGGCUGGUCAAGAAGUCGAUUGGUUGGCUGGCAGGAACUUCUGUAGACAACGGUGUAUGGACCUAGUUUCUCUGGAAACAUCUGCUGAAAACGAGUUCGUCAAGAGUCGCAUUGUGCAGAACAACAUUAAGUACAUAUGGACUUCUGGACGCCUUUGCGACUUCAAAGGAUGCGACAGGCCUGAUCUGCAGCCGCCAAAUAUUAACGGAUGGUUCUGGACUGCGGAACUUCAAAAGCUGGCACCAACAACUGACCGCAAUCAAAAUGACUGGUCUCCAAGUGGCGGAAUUGGCAAACCUCAACCAGACAACCGUGAGGCGAUUCAAGGGGGAGCACCUGAAAACUGCUUGGCAAUAUUAAAUCAAUUCUACAACGAUGGAGUGAACUGGCACGAUGUAGCAUGUCAUCAUAAGAAGUCUUGGGUUUGCGAAGAAAAUGAUUCACUGUUGAAAUAUGUCCGCUUCAUUAAUCCCAAUCUUCGUGUUUAACUAUAUACGCAUUGUUUAUUACCAAACGAGAAUUUAGUUUUACAAUCUCAAUAUCACCUUCAUAAGCGAAGUGACUGAAUAGUAUGUAUGUUGGCUGUAUAUUUAUUGCGUAAAGUAACCCCGGCGACUCUCGGAACAUUUCACUUUUUUCAGUAAUGCAAAAAUGACGGUCAUUUUCGCAAAUCACAUGAGAGUUGGCGUUAUUAUAGAUUAACGUAUCAAAGCUUGCAAUCAGAGACAAUAUUUAUGUUGCACGAGUACAUUUCCAUUACCUCUGUUGUAUACUUACUAACAUGAACGAAUGUAAUUAUUUCAAAUAUAUUUUCCGUACGUGACUC